ACCUCCUUUGUAAUGACAGUUCAACAUUGACUCCAGAAAAUAGCCGGAUGCACUCCGUAUUUUACCGUUUUUACUCAGAUUUUGACAGCUUUUGUUCGUCUUUUGCAAAUUGUGAACGCUACCCACUGAAUGGUAUACUGUAGAGCUUAACUACUGACGUUGGGCGUAUUUCUAAAUACGUCUGCGCUUUAGCAAUAAGAGUAUUCAAAGUACUUUCCUGUCAGUGUAAAUAUCUGUGGGACGCUGUUUUGAGUGACACUGUAGUUUUCGUAAACUCCGUAAAGUUGGCGGUGUUAUCGGGUGAAAGGUGACGUCGCUUCAGAUUAUUAACUCGUAGAAUGUACAAUGUGGCGAGUGUCUCAGCCUCUCUGGGGUCCCUGGGACUGUUGCGUCUCUUCGGGAUGUCCUGGUCCUGGAGUCUGGCAGCAGGUCUUGGAGUGUAUCUGGGCACUAGAAGCUGGAAAUACAUCUAUGUGGCGGCACGCACGGCCAAAAGAGAUCUCAAUGGCCUCUAUGUGCUGUUGAGAGUGAAGGUGGCUCUGUGGCAUCACAUGCGCAGUGGAAGCAACAUCCUUUCCAUCUUUGCCCAGACAGUAAAACAACAUCCAAACAAGCCAGCACUGAUUUAUGAGGCUACAGGAGAAACAUGGACCUUUACCCAGUUGGACGAGGUGUCAAACGCAGUGGCUCACUGGGCACGGGUGCAGGGAUGGGCAUCUGGUGACGUGGUGGCAAUUUUCAUGGAAAGCAGGCCGCUCUAUGUGGCACUGUGGCUGGGCUUUGCCAAGGCUGGGGUGGAAGCUGCACUCAUCAACUUCAACCUCCGCCGUGACUCCCUCUUGCACUGCAUCGGAGUGUCAGCAUCACGUGCCAUUGUGUUUGGUUCGGAGCUGGUGGAUGCAAUGCUGGAGGUGAGUUCUUCCAUUGGCCAGUCUAUGGUACGGUUUUGUGCUGGAGAUUUAAGCGCUGAUCAUCUGGCCUACCUGGCUGCUCAUCCCCUGGAUCCCAUUUUAGCCUCUACCUCUAGACUCCCUCCUUUCCCUUGUGUGCCUCCCAAAGGAAUGAACGACCGGUUGUUCUAUAUUUAUACCUCCGGCACCACAGGACUGCCAAAGGCUGCAAUUGUGGUGCACAGUCGUUACUACCGAAUUGGUGCGUUUGUGUAUUAUGCCUUUCGUAUGCAGCCCAAUGACAUCAUCUAUGACUGUCUGCCUCUCUAUCACUCAGCAGGAGGUAUUAUAGGAGUUGGUCAAUGUCUGCUUCAUGGUCUCACUGUGGUAGUUAAGAAGAAAUUCUCUGCUAGCCGCUUUUGGGAAGAUUGCAUCAAGUACAACUGCACUGUGGUGCAGUAUAUCGGUGAGAUCUGCCGCUACCUUCUGUCUCAGCCAGUGCGGCCAUCAGAAAAGGGACAUCGAAUUCGCCUGGCACUAGGGAACGGGCUCCGCCCCAGUGUGUGGGAGGCCUUCACAACACGUUUUGGAGUGAAGCAGAUCGGCGAGUUCUAUGGUGCUACUGAGUGCAACUGCAGCAUUGCCAACAUGGAUGGAAAGGUGGGAGCCUGCGGAUUCAACAGUGUCAUUCUGCCUAAUGUGUACCCCAUCCGCUUGGUGAGGGUAGAUGAGGAUACCAUGGAGCUGGUUCGAGACAAACAAGGCCUGUGUGUGUCUUGCCGUCCAGGGGAACCGGGGCUUCUGGUGGGUCGUAUCAACCAGCAGGAUCCAUUGCGGCGGUUUGACGGAUACGCAAACCAGGAUGCAACGAGGAAGAAGAUAGCCCACAAUGUGUUCAAGAAAAAUGACUCUGCAUAUCUGUCAGGUGACGUACUGGUGAUGGAUGAGCUGGGCUACAUGUAUUUCCGAGACCGCGGUGGAGACACGUUCCGCUGGCGAGGAGAAAACGUCUCCACCACUGAGGUGGAGGGCAUCAUCAGCAAUAUUCUGGGUCAGACUGAUGUGGCAGUCUACGGCGUGUCCGUGCCAGGUGUGGAGGGAAAGGCGGGUAUGGCUGCUAUUGCAGACGUUUCAGGGAACUUUGACUGCAGCAGUUUCCUACAGAAGGCUCAGCAGUCCUUACCACAGUACGCCCGCCCUGUGUUCCUACGAAUUUCCCCAGAGGUGGACACCACAGGUACAUUUAAAAUCCAGAAGACCCGGCUACAGAAGGAGGGCUUCGACCCUCGUGUCACAACAGACCAGAUCUACUUCUUAAAUCCCCGAGUUGCGCAUUAUGAGGCUGUAGACGAGGAGGUAUACAAUUCCAUAGUGGAUGGAAAAAUGUCUCUUUAACGGCACCGUUAUUCACCUCUGCUGAGGAGACCUGUAUAGAGAAAACGUACAUACCCUGAUGUCAGCACUGAUCUGGAUGUUGGUGCUCUGCCUGCCUGGAUCUUUACCUGUCAUGGUGAAGGAGCGCCUACAUGGGCUUAUGGUUACAGACAAUAUUUUAACGCUGUAUGAGCAGCAUGAGGGCAUUUAUUAUAUUUAAUAACUUCCUCAUGAAAACCUCAAAAAGCCUUUGAGUAAAGUUGCACAUCCACUUCAAAUAUGGUAGCUUAGGAUGGCGAGCAACAGCAUCGCAUCAAACUCUGUUACAGGGUAUGCACCCGCUUAGGAAAUAUACAACAGAAUUAAAUCUGUUUAGCUCUAACCAGACACGAAUCUGAAGCUGUGCAAUUAUUAACGGGCAUAUCUCACUCCAGUCAGCACUGUCUUUUAAAAAGUUAUAUACCGGAUUAGAAAUAAUUUCUUCUAAAUCUUUAACGUGUGCAGGCCCUGAUGUAGCUGAUAAAGGUAAAAUGUGCCAGAAUGCAUCAGAAAAAUGCAAGAUAGAUUUACAACCAUUUUUAUCCAUAAUUGUUACAUAACAUUUGGAACAGUUUUUUUUUUUUUUUUAGCUGGGUGAAGGUCACUUUCCUGUGUCCAAUUAUAGUUUCAUGCGUGGACUUACACCAGUACAUCAAUCCAGGUUGCUUUUUGUAUUAAAAAAAACCUAAACUAAAAUAAGCACAAAGUAU